AUGUCAACAGGUAAAUCUAGGAUUAAAAUCGAGUCAUACAGCAAAUUAUGGAAUGGAGUCUUGCCAUCGGAGGAUCUGAACCACACAAUCUGGGCAGAGUGCCGAGCGGAUGAAGGCAAAAAGCACGUAGAGAAAGUGGAGAUACCCACACACAAUGUGGACAUAGUAAAAUACGUUGAAAGAAAACUUAUUGACAAGGGCUUUCAAAGGCAAAAGCGCUACCUAGCGGAUUGGCUGCCACUAAAGCAUGAUCCCAAGAAAGGGCAUGGAGGAAAGUACACUUGGGAAGGUCCGGAGAAGGAGGUGGAGCUAGAUGCGCCACCGCCUGCUAUAGAUGAGAAGGAUCUGAACUAUGUGGAAGAAGAAGAAGAUAGGGCCGAGGGUAAGGAUGAGCAAAAUUUGGUAGUUGGCAAAGUUAAGGUGGCUAAGGUGGCGGAAGAAGGAGUGGCGAGGGUUGAGGUUGAGCCUCAUUUGAAGGUAGAGGUGGAGGUGGCGAUGGCGGUGGCAGUGGUUGGUGUGGAAUUUGGGAUUUGA